AUGCAAUUCAACUAUGUUACACACUUGGAAGCCCAAGUUGGAGCACAACUUCAAGAAGCAUUAAACAUCGAGCAAAAAGCUGCAUUUGACAAUGUAAUGUCUGCAAUUGAUAAUGAAAAUUUACCACACAGAUGUUUUUUUAUUGAUGGACCUGGUGGAAGUGGCAAGACUUAUUUAUAUAAAACAUUAUUGAGUACUUUACGUGGACGCACAGAUGGAGUUCUUCCUGUUGCCUCUACAGGAAUAGCAGCUAAUCUCCUUGAUGGUGGCAGAACUUACCAUUCACAGUUUAAGCUUCCAAUUCCAUUACUGGAAACAUCAACAUCAAAUAUGAGAAUGACUUCAAAAGAUGCAGAGUUCAUACGUAAUGCUAAAUUGCUUAUUUGGGAUGAGGCCUCAAUGACACCCGGUAUAGCUCUAAAAUGUGUAAAUAACCUUCUUCAGGAAAUUAUGCAGAACAAUAAGCCAUUUGGUGGAAAAGUUAUACUCCUUGGUGGAGACUUCAGACAAACACUCCCAGUUCUUCCUCAUUGCAAUAGAACUGCUAUUGUGGAAGCUACUAUAAAGUUCUAUGAUCACUGGGAUAAAUUUAAAAUUUUAAAAUUGAAGAAUAAUGUGCGUUCAGUGGAUCCAGAAUUUAGCAAUUGGCUACUAAAAUUAGGACAGGGUUCAUUAAAUAAUUCAGAGGGCCUUCCUGAGGAUUUAGUUGAGAUCCCUUCCAAAUUAAUAUGCAAUGAUUGUAUCAUAUCUGAAAUUUUUGGAAAAAAAAUUCUUCCAUCUGAUCUUCACAGUUUUUCAAAAAAGGCCAUUUUGUGUACGAAAAAUUGUCAUGUUGAUCAAAUCAAUGAGCAUGUAUUAAAUAUACUCGAUGGUGAGGAAAAAAUAUAUCUGAGUUCAGAUUCAAUUGAUGAUCAGACAGAUGAAGAUGCACAAAACUAUCCCAUAGAGUUUCUAAACGAAUUAGCUCCAUCAGGAAUGCCUCUUCAUAAGUUAAAAAUAAAAUUGGGAAGUAUUAUUAUGUUGCUCAGAAAUCUGAACACAAAAAAAGGUCUGUGCAAUGGAACAAGAUUGAUAGUUAAAGAUCUUAAGCCAAAUCUAUUAAUUGCAGAAGUACUCACAGGAACAGCAAAAAAACAAAUGGUGUUUAUUCCGAGAAUAGAUUUAGCCCCUGCCAACACUGAACUACCAUUCAUUUUACGAAGGAGACAGUUUCCAAUCAAACUUGCAUUUGCAAUGACCAUCAACAAAUCACAAGGUCAAACGUUAGACAAAGUAGGAAUAUUUCUUCCAGAACCAGUAUUCAGUCAUGGACAACUUUAUGUUGCAAUGUCUCGAGUUCGUACAUCAUCUGAUGUCAAAAUUAAGAUACUUCAAAGUUCAAAGCAAGGAAAGAUAUUACCAAACAGUUUGGACACAGACUUGUCAAAACCUCUAAUACACAAUGAUGAUGAUACUAAUGAGGAGGAACUCAAUAUUCAUCAUAAUCAUGAUGACUUUUUUGAUUUAAAAAUCAGACAGCAAUUUUUUGAUCAUAUUUUCUCUAAGGAAGAAAUGAUUAAUGAAAUUACUAUUCAAAACAUUAGGACAGUCAUUAAUAACUGA